AUGGCGAGGUUAAAUGAGAUCCCCGUUGCUGCUGAAUCAGUGGAGUCUUUAAAACGGCGGUUCAUAAGGCAGAAUCGCGAAAUAGCACGUGCAAAUUCCAUGCAGUCACUCCGCAUACGCACUCUUGAAUCUGAAGUAUCUCGCCUUCUUGCUGAGAAUGUUACCCUCCGGGAAGAGGUCAUCUCUGCGAAUCAGGAGCUUGAAAAAUUUCAACAUCACCCACACCUGAACGACGAAAUCGGUACCCUAAAAGCGAAACUAGACGCGAAAUUGGCCGAGUUUGGGAGCUUAAUAGCAGAUCUAGGCUCACUGCCUCGGAGGAGAGAGCUCCUUGCGGGAGUAAAUCAAAUGCCCAUUGAGCGGGGGUUUCAAAUUUCUCCAGAAAUCUCUCGCCGGAGGUCAUUAGUAAAGGCUGCUCGGGAAACCAUGGAUGAAGGCCGGCUCCCCGCUAUUCUAGAGGACAAAUUUUACCGAAGAUUAUCAUUAGACGCAGACGCCGCCGAACUAGAAAACGAGGAGCACGCGGAGAACGAGGAGAACGAUUCCCCAGUUCCAUCAUCUUCUCCGAUUUUCCAACCAGAGCUUCAGCUUCACAAGCCCGCUGAUUCUUCCGUGGAUAAAGAACCUCAUAUGAUUUUCAAGGGCGCCGAAAACCCAAUUGAUUACUCAGAAUCUAUUUCGAAUUCUGGAGCGAGGAGGAAGAGGAGAGAUAGUUCGGUGUUAAACACUACCCCCCGGAGCGCAGAAAGAGAAAACAGGGAUCAAGCAUUUGUACCAAUACACAUUUCAAAAUCAGGAUCCAAACGCAAGCUUAGCGUGCCGGAUGACGAGGAGUUAGUAUCGCACGAUCUCGACGAUCAUGACGACUUCCAAUACACUCGAAUAGGGGACUCGUCAAACCACGUCUCCAGGGAUUCCGUCGUAGAAUCAGAAAGCACCCCAACUAAAGCCACAACGAAGAAAUCAGGGACGCAACGAAAGGAGAGAACAGCCGUUCGUCGUGCUCUAGGCCCAAAGACCGCAAAUACCAAGCAAAGAUCCUCUACCACGGAAAAGGUUUCCGCUACUGGAAAUUGGGAAAAGGAGACCCCGAAACCAAAUCCUAAACCGCCUAAAAAUAGAAGUCACGAUAUUGUUGAGAAGUCUAUCCCUACAGUACCCAUUGAGCCAGUCAAACAGAAGAAACAGGAAGUUGUAGAUAUCAACUUAUGGCCCAAACAACUCCCCGUUGAGGAAAACCAGGAAACCCUCCCUAAAGCACAUGCUGGGCUAGACACCAGUUAUGCCGUCCCGACAGACUCUUCAGGGACCAGGGAGACGCCAGCACUACCCCACUCGAGGAUGAGUCGUCCACCUCGGCGUUCUCGUGGUUCCGUAAGUUAUGCAGAGCCAAAUCUCAGGGAUAAAAUGCGACGCCCAACAAAAGAGCUUGUGGAUGCUGUUACUGGUGAAGCUCGUUUUCGACGAGCCUCGAAAUCUGAAAUGGAAAUAUCCAAAGAUAGGAACAGUGAAGGAAGCAACCAUAGCUUCGGUAUGACCAGUUCAGCAACGGACGGAGAAUCCAUGUCUUCAAUGACUUAUAGUGAUUCGUGCGCCGGCCUUCUAGGGGGAACGGAUGACAACUCGAUGGUGCAGCUACCAUCCAAUGUCAUGACAAACAGGAAACGACGGACACUUUCAGCGAACAAGUUCGACCUCGAGACUACGUCAGAGGGGGGACCAUCGACGUCUAGCGUUGCUAUAUCAACUCUUAUGGCGGGGAGUAAAAGACGGAGCAAUCGUACCAGGGACACUAGUGAAGUUCUGGCUGAGCAGGAACAAAAUGUCGCCCCAAGAACAACAACCUGUGGCUCUCGAAGGCAAUCCUCCAACUCCACUACCGUCGAAACUAGCUCCAGAUCUCGUCGAAGCCAGAGUUCUACUAACCUCUCAAAUGAAAAUGUCGCAGAUAUUCAAGCAACAUUGGAAUCAGCGGGUAUAAGCACAAACAGCAGGCGGGGUGAGGAUAACCAUCACUCUUUCUCUUCACACUCGCGAAGUGUGAAGGGUGUCUCGGAGUUCGACUAUGACGCCUAUCUGGAUGCACAGGAAAGCGUGAAUGAUGUCAAACGGGUGCAACGGCUUGCAGAGUCGAGGCGGAGGAGUAUGAUGCUUUGA